CCAGAGCCGGGAAUCGAUCGAUCGGCGUCAAUCUUCGGCGCUUUUUUCACGCCACGGGAGCGGGAAGAAGGGGAGCGAGCGGAGAGACAGAGAGAGGGAGAGAAACGACGGCGCGCGGCGACGAUCGAUUUGUGCUCCGACCGCAUCCGCGCAUCCCGGCCGAGGACGGAGCGGACGAAUGGCCGAAGCGGGGCCGAGAGAAGCCCUGCGCCUGGCCCUGUUGCUGGGCCUGGCCUCGGCCGCUGUCUGUCAGGGCCACCUGGACGCCAAGCGCCUGCACGACGACCUGCUCAGCGACUACAACAGCCUGAUCAGACCGGUGGCCAACCAGUCCGUCAAGCUGACCGUCAAACUCAGCCUCAAGCUCUCCCAGCUCAUCGACAUCAAUCUGAAGCAGCAGGUGAUGAUCACCAACGUCUGGGUGGAACAGGUGUGGCAAGACUACAAACUGAGAUGGAACCCCUCGGAGUACGGAGGAGUGGAGAUGAUCCACGUGCCGGCCGAAGACAUCUGGCUACCCGACAUCGUUCUCUUCAACAACGCCGACGGCAACUACGAGGUGACUCUGAUGACCAAAGCCAAAGUCUACUACACGGGAGAAAUCGUCUGGAAGCCGCCGGCACUUUAUAAGAGCACCUGCGAGAUCGACGUCGAGUACUUCCCCUUCGACGAACAGUCCUGUCUGAUGAAAUUCGGCUCCUGGACCUACGACGGACGAGAGGUGGAUCUGCGCCACACCAAACAGAUCAGCGGUUCUCCCACCGUUCUGAUGGGCAUCGACAUGAGCGAAUUCUACAAGAGCGUGGAAUGGGACAUUCUGCUGGUACCGGCCAUCUACCACGAAGGGUACUACGAAUGCUGUAACGAGCCCUAUCCGGACAUCACAUUCAACGUCACCAUGAGACGAAAGACCCUGUUCUAUACCGUCAACCUGAUCAUUCCCUGCGUGGGAAUCUCCUUCCUGACGGUUUUGGUCUUCUUCCUGCCCUCGGACAGCGGCGAAAAGGUCACUCUCUGCAUCUCCAUUUUGGUGUCGCUGACGGUCUUCUUCCUUCUCUUGGCCGAGAUCAUCCCCCCCACGUCCCUGGCCGUUCCCCUGUUGGGAAAAUAUCUACUCUUCACCAUGAUUCUGGUCACCAUCUCCACCGCCGUAACCGUCGGUGUGCUCAACGUCCACUUUCGAUCUCCCACCACCCACGAGAUGUCGCCCUGGGUCAGGAGGGUGUUCAUGCACGUGAUGCCUCGAUUGUUGCACAUGCGCCGGCCCACCGAGACGUCCGAGGACAACGGCGGUCCGGUAUCGAGCUCGGAGAGAUGCAAGUGCAAGACCGACGUUUACCGAUGGGGAAGAGAACCGGCGGUCGAAGUGUACCAUUUGGGCUACAAAGGCAACUCCCGAGACCUGGUACACGAACGGGACGCGGGGUGGGAAGAGAAGUACUGCAAGUAUUGCCUGAGGGAGAUGCAGAGAGCCACCGAAAGCGUCAUGUACAUCGCCGAAUACAUUAGAAAAGACGACGAAGCUCAAAGCGUGAUCGAGGACUGGAAGUACAUCGCCAUGGUGUUGGACAGAUUGUUCCUGUGGAUAUUCACCCUGGCCUGCAUCGUGGGCACCUUCGGCAUCGUGUUGCAGGCUCCUUCGCUCUACGACGACAGGAUGCCCAUCAACGUCUGAGCGCCCGUCCGCGCGCUCCGAGCCGGACGAUUCGUGCCAAACUUAUUCGCGGAAGAAAGUAGCCGAGGCGGGAGGCGGGGAGGAAGGCCCGACCGAGGCCAAUAAUUCCCCCCUCCUUUAGAACCCGUCUACGCGGGUCGCCCGUCAGUGGGCCGGGCCCGGGAGGGCGGCGCCUGAAAGUCGGAGUAGUCGGUAGGAAAACCGGAGGAAGAAUUCUUCUUCGGAUGGGGUAAACCCGCAGUUAUUCCGGCCAAAUUCCCUUAUUUAUUAGAGGAAUGCGUGGGAAACGGCCGACGCUUCCGAAAGCCGAAGGAUGGUGGGAGUCCCGACCGGGCCAAAGGGGCGAAUCGACUUUUUCCGGUAGAAAUUAAGAAAAUUUUCUCCGGGGUGGGAGGAAAGACGGGGCGUCGAUUAGAAAAUAACCGGAUAAAUACCCACGUUGGAUUUUAAGAGGGCGCUUCCCGGGCCGACGACCGAAUCCCGGCGAAGAGAUUUAGGUAAAGCCCGGUACUGGCGUGCGGAAGCCAACGACGUAAACCGUCGACGUAACUUUUGCCGCAAAAGUCACGUCAUAAUACGAAAUGGAAAAUUUUGGUCUUUGGGCGUGGCGGAAGGCGGAAGGCGGAAGGGUAAAAAUUAGACCGAUAAAGCCGUUUAGCCAGGCGAAGCUAAAAGUUUUAUUUAAACUGUAGGACGUUAAUAUAUUUCGUUUAUCCGCUCCAUCACUACUCGAUUUAAAUAUUAAUUCAAAUAGACGUAAAGUAUCGGAUAUUCUCGACUCGCGGCCAUUUGGAAAUUUCUUACUGGCGAUAAGACGAUAAGUCAACUCUGAAAGUUUAACGGAUGCCAAGAAGCCAUUUUCCAAUAUCGGCGCAUUUGGACGGUAGGACACAUUCCACCCGCCAGUACCGGGCUUAAAGAAUAGGAUCCGGUCGAAGGGAAGGGGCGAAGACGGAAGCGUCGGUCGUUGCCGUUUGGUCCCGGGCCUUUCGUUUAUAAGGGAAGGAAGCUUCUACCGUCCCGACUUCGGGCCUUCCGAGACUAAAACUCGUCUUCGACGAGCCGAACCUCCUUCCCUCGGCCAAAAACGGGCGCCUUCCGCUCUCUACCUCCGACUUUCGAACGGGGUAGAGGCGUCGGCCCGACCAAGUGCCAAUAGACAUCUCCCGCCAAACUAGCCAUCUUCGGACCGGCGGUGGAGAAAAGGGAGGAAAGCGGCCGCGUCCUACAUUUUAAAAGGCGGAGUAAUUAGAAAGGGGUUUGUUAAGAGGGGGAGGGAUUAUCUGCGGAAAUAAACUCUUUGUCUUCCUGGGUAAAAACUAUUCUUUGCAAAUAAAGAGGAGAGAGAGAAAAGCCCGGCAGAGGCCGGUCUUUUCUCCUUCCCGAAAUGAAAAAAAUGUCUAAAGGUAUCCGGGCCAAAGGAUUGCCAAGCGUCUUUCCCGGAUGACGGCGGUGACGGGUGGAGAACUAAACGGGCGCUUCUUUCGGAGGUGCGAAGAAAACAGAAAGCUCGGACCGGGAAAGAGGGAAAGAAAAAGGGCGGAACGACUGACGCCAAACGUACGGGACGUUAGGAUUUUCCGGUAAGAUUCUCCACCAGUUUCGAAUAACUCCGUUAGAAAUCCGGAUUAUUUCUAACGGAAGGGAAAAAGGGCGGAUCCGUUUGGCUACUUCCCGUUUUCCGGGGAUUUCGAGCAAAGUUUACGAAGAAUCCAGCAGACGUUUCGCGGCCAUUCUCUUCUCCGGUGGGAUAAAAACCGGGAGGUCACCCGUCUAUUUCCAUUUUACCGUUACGUACGAACACCGAUUUUCCGGAGAAAGCUUCCGUUUCUUCUAUAUUCUACCGGCGGCGACUGGAAACGAGGAAUGAGAAAUGAAAGGAGUUACGAAAGAGAAAGAAAAAGUCCGACUAAGUCGUUAGGCGAAAGUCGGGACUUUCACUCGACCAACAAGUACACCUAAAGCAUCGGUCUUUAGGCACGUUCGACGCCUAAAGACCAAUACGCACCGAUUUGGGAAACGGAGACGGAGGCAAAAGUACGACUAAAAUUGCGAAUUUUGAAGGCGGGUCCACUCUUCUCUUAGCAAACGACUAUUUAAAGCUCCGUUUACCAGUGAGAAUUGCCUUGGUAUUCGGACUUUUCCUCCGACGAAAAUUCCCGGGGCCAAUUAUUACCUAGCCUGUAUCCGCCGGCCCGGACGGUUAAUUUCUUAAGCCGUUUUCUUUUCUUCUCCAAAUAACUUUAUUCGUUUAUUACAAUUUCAAUGCGAAAAAAUUUAAUAAAUUAAACGGCGGGAGCGGGAGCCAGAAAAUGGCCGAAUAAUCCGCGGAGGAAUCCGAGUCUCUGUGGCCGCCAUCGGUCGACCCCAGGUAUGGCGACUUGACUGUUACCGGCUAACGUUAUUUAUUUUUGCGGGUUAUACGGAAUUAGUCUUACUUACUAUUUUCGGAGGGAAAACGCAGAUAUUUCGCCCACAUAAACAAAAAGUAUAACAACUAUCGUUUAUUAUUAAAUAAAUAAAAGAAAACAAUCGCACGCAAUACCUACGUAAUAUCCAACCCACCCACGACGCGCUGCGGUUAUUUCGCAGGGGCGACUACGGU